AUGGCGGCCCCGGCGAACACAGUCAAGCCCAAAACGUCCCCCAAGUCUAUAAAGUUCCUGUUCGGCGGCCUGGCUGGUAUGGGUGCUACCGUCUUUGUCCAGCCGUUGGACCUGGUGAAGAACAGGAUGCAGCUGAGCGGUCAGGGUUCGAGGGCUCGGGAGUAUAAGACUAGCCUGCAUGCCGUGGUCAGCAUCCUCCGCAACGAGGGGAUCCGGGGCAUCUACACUGGCCUUUCGGCCGGUCUUCUCAGACAGGCCACCUAUACCACCACUCGUUUGGGUAUCUACACUGUCCUGUUCGAGAAAAUGACCAAAGCGGACGGAACACCUCCGAAUUUCUUCAUGAAAGCCAUGAUCGGAAUGACAGCCGGAGCGACUGGAGCGUUUGUGGGAACCCCGGCCGAGGUGGCGCUGAUCCGAAUGACCUCAGAUGGACGUCUGCCCGCAGACCAGAGGAGGGGUUAUACAAACGUCUUCAAUGCCCUCUUCAGAAUCACCAAAGAGGAGGGAGUCACAACUCUGUGGAGGGGUUGUAUACCCACUAUGGCCCGUGCAGUAGUAGUGAACGCAGCACAACUGGCUUCAUAUUCUCAAUCCAAACAAGCUCUUAUGGAAACUGGGUAUUUCUCAGAUAACAUCUUCCUUCAUUUCUGUGCCAGUAUGAUUAGUGGGUUAGUGACCACUGCAGCUUCCAUGCCGGUAGACAUCGCCAAAACCAGGAUUCAAAACAUGAGAAUGAUCGAUGGCAAGCCAGAGUACAAGAAUGGACUCGACGUGCUGUUGAAAGUGGUGAGGAACGAAGGUUUCUUCAGCCUGUGGAAAGGUUUUACUCCAUAUUACGCUCGGCUCGGCCCACACACAGUGCUCACCUUCAUCUUCCUCGAGCAGAUGAAUAAGUUCUACAGGAUCUACUUCCUGGAUUCAUAGGUUACCAUGGGAACCCUCUUAUGCCGUGCUGGUGGAGGUCUGGACCGGGUCCGGAGGGGUCAGUUUGCGCAUGAUUAUGGUCUCACUGUGCCAGUCAGCAUCACAUGACUUGUCUGUGAGAGUGUUCUUUUUUCAUAGCAGCUGUUGCUAGGUUUGACUGGCUGGUAAAAAAAAAAAAAACUAUUUCAGCCAAAUAAAAAAAAACUAUUUCAAAUCUGAUCGGAUCAUUUGCAGUUUUAUAGAGAUUUUUUUUUAUGGUAUACAAUUUUUAAAUUUUGCCUUUAAUCGUGAGAUCACAGGAUAAUUAAGGCACGAUCUCAGGACAACACUGUCAGUUGUCUUGAUCUCAAGAUAACAUCUUGAUCACAAGAAAAUGAAGUAAUGAUCUCAAGAUAACUAUCGUAAGCUCACAGAAUAAUUGUCACAAUCUCAAGAUCACAGGAUAAUUAAGUCAUGAUCUCAAAAUUACAUUAUCUUAAGAUGACAAAAUAGUUGUCAUGAUCUCAAGAUUACAACUUUUAUCUCAAGAUCACACCUUUAACAAAAAAAAAAACAACAACUUUGAUUACACAACAGAAAACUGCCCCGUCUAUCCUAAUCUUUCACUCACAUACAAAAUAAAAAUGUUUUGCAAUUAAUAUCAGCUCAGAAUUUACAAAUUUUGGCAAAAAUUUGAGCCCCGUACGCUAUGCUUUUGCAUUCUGUUGAAUGGGAGGGUUUUUUCCAGCGUGCUGUAAAGCUUCUCCAACCUCCUAACUGUAGCUGUGAAAAUGGGCGGGGCUUUAUAGAUCAAUUGAUGUGAACUUGUGUCACGUGUGUGUGCUGGUGGGCGGAGUUUCAGAUAAAAUGCUGGAUUCGAUCCAGGUAUCUGCACUGACCCUCAGGGACUCCGGUCCAGACCGUCUGCUACACUUGGCAAACUGGCAGACAUUUGGACUCUGAUAGUAUACAAAAACACACAAAACACAAACAAAAGGCAACUGACUGACGCACUGACCAGCAGACUGGACCUGAAGUACCCCAGGAGGCCACCACUGAUCAUUACACACUUACUUACGCAGAUUAGUUGAGUGAUUAGUUGAGUGAUUUUGUUUUUGUCUUUUUUCCCUCCUAAAAACUUCAUAGGCAGAGACAGACAGUAAACAUUAACAAUAAACCCAAGAGCAAACAAAAGUCUCUCUCUCUCUCUCUCCCUCUCUCUCUCUCUCUCUCCCCCUCUCUCCCCCUCUCUCCCUCUCCCUGUGCGAUGAGCUCGUUCAUCUUCUCUUGAAGAUUGUAAAUGUUUGGAAUCACUACAUUUGUCAGUUGUAUUGUAUUUGUAAAUUGGAACUGAAAUACAGUUCAUAAAAUUAUUCUUCAUUUUUUUUUACUUUUUAGUCCUAUUAAUAAAAUUUUCACUCGUUCAGAUUGAGAACACCAUAUAUGUGAACUGUAGAUCUAAAACACAGGUGUUAUGUACUGAAUGUGGGGUUCCAAGCACAAAUUUAAAGAUAGUUAAUGGAGUGUGUUACAUAUUAUUGUUAUGAAGGACAAAUUUAUCAUCAGCCAUGACAUUUAAUGACAGUAACCGUGGUGAAAAUGAUCAAACAACUGAACUUUUAUUAAAAACAGCGAUUCACUGUGUUUUGA